CAAUUCAGAUGACAUAAUACUACAGGAGAGUAACUGGGUCCUUGUGCUCUGAUUCUGCCAGCGUGCAACUUAAAGCUCUGAGCUGGUCUGCUCCUGCAGUACUGAAGAUCAAGGUAAUCAAAACAAAAAGGGAUAAACCAGCCAACAUGAAGAGUAUCUUGAAGGGCAAAAAAGACGAAGCGCCUGAAGCUGAUCUGAGUGUAACUACCGGAGCUGUACGCUGGAAUAUUCCUGAUGAAGAUCUUCAGGUUCACAAGUCAGUUCCCAGCAAGAUCAGUCAGAGUCCUAGACAAGAGGACUUGAAGGAUCUCCGCAGCCUGCAGGAAAGCAUUAAGUUUAUCACACAGUGGAAACAGCAGGUGGAACAUGUCUGCAGGCCUGGCUCCAGUUCAGAUGAAGGCCCAAUUAUCAGUGUGCAUGCAGAGCCGCAUAGUAUGGAGCAAUGCCGCAAACUCAUUCUUGAGUGGGCAAAGGAGCUCAAGAAAGUUGACGAUUUGUUCAGUGAGGCCACAUGGCGAAAAGAAAGACAUGCACUGUUGGAGCAGGAAGAGAACAAGGUGGAUUCUGCCAAGCAGAUGGAGCAGAUGAUCAUGGAAUGGGCUAAAGAGCUGCAGACUGUGUGGGAGCGGUUAGGUGUGAUGAGACAAGAAUUAGCCCAGUUUCUCAAGCAGCUGGAACUGAAGAAGAAGAAAAUCUUGACUCUGUUGCCUUUUUUGGAGUUCAUAACUUGGUCUCUACUGAAACAGGACAGCCAGGGUGUUGUUCCACAGCUGUGGCUCCUCAACAAACAACGUACCUGGAAAACAGAGACACCAAAGUACAUUCCAAACUCAGUGUGGAGAUGGAUCCACAGUGCUUCAGUGGACAUCACACUGGACCCCAUGACUAACCACCCAUGGCUGCAGCUCUCAGAUGACAAAAAGAAAGUACAGGAAGCUCUGAAUGAAGCUGAAGUGUCGUACAGUACCCAGCGCUUUGACAGCUGGCCGUGUGUCCUGGGCUGUGAAGGGCUCACUUUCGGUCGGUACUAUUGGGAAGUUGAUAUUGCCAAUGAUGGCUACUGGCGUGUUGGAGUGACCACCGAAUCCUCCAAAAGGCAAGGCCGGUGUCCCAUGAACCCCUCUGAGGGCUUCUGGACAAUAUGGAGAAGUACACGGCAGUUUUUUGCAUGUACCAAACCAGAGAUUGAGCUACCUUUGUCCCUUGUGCCCAAAAAGCUGGGAGUCUACCUGGACUAUGAAGAAGGACAGUUGUCUUUCUAUAACAUAGAGACACGCACACAUAUCUUUACGUUCAUCGCAAAUUUCAGAGAAAAGUUGUACCCGCUUUUCGCACCACUGGAUGGACGCACGCUGAUCACACUGUCCUCCACAGAAGUCAAGCCAGAGGCAUCCUCCCAAGAAAAUCUACACUACUUUUAACUUGACAUAAUAGAUCUAAAGGAUGAGAUCCAUUUAAAACUGUUGAGAUGUUUUGAUUGGAAAAUGAUGAAGUUUGACAGAUCCUCAGAUCAAUUUGGUGUUGGUGUGUUCAAAGUUUUGUGAAUUUUAAACACUGUACUCACAAUGUACAGGUUAAUUUGUCCUUGUGGUGCAUGACUAACAAUUUGAUUAUUCUGUAUUCUUUCAAUCAUUUUUGUGAGGUUUGCUUCUAAAUGAUAUUCUCCAUUUCAUCCAAAUCAAAAAUGCCUAGGAGUACAGUGAAUGAUUUUUAGAAAAUGUCUAUGUAAGCCAAAGAGGCAGUUGUGUGGCAAAAGGUUGCAGGUUCAAGUCUCAGAGCAGGCAGGAAUUGUAGGUGGGGGGAGUGAAUGAACAGAGCUCUCUUCCUUCAACAGCCACGACCUUGAGUAAGGCACAAAACCCCAACUGCUCUCCAAGCACUGCAACAAAUGGUUGCACACUGCUCUGGGUUUGUUUGCAUUUGGAUGGGUUUAAUGCAGAGCACAGAUUCAGAGUAUGGGGUACCACACUUGGCCACACGUCACAUCACUAGCACUAAAAACAUUUGAUUCUAGCCCAUGAUUGUUAUUAAAAAUAAUGUUAAUGUGCUUACUUGCCAUCUAGUGUUGAAAGAAUGUGUUUACAUUUAGUGGGUGGGAUUUGGAACCAUCCUAAUAAAUUUUUAGGUUUUGUGGUUUCAGAAGCUCUGCUGCUUAAAACCAACAAUUGUUGCUUGCUGCCAACAAUAUUUGGAGAGAUUCAAUAAAAAUUCUAUACAAGGC